AUACAAAGAUGACGAGUACCGGUACUAUACAAUGUGACUGAUAAAUGUUCAUAUACAGGACAUGAACUAGUUUUACAAACACUGGUUGAAAUAUAACCAUCAAAUCGGAAGAGAUAGUUCUUACUAUUAUUUUCUCUCUGGCUCUCAACAUGUCGCGGAUACAUGUCUGGAUCGUAGCUCUGUAUGUGCCACUGACUUCCGGCCACCUGUGCCUAAUUUCUCCCCGACAGAGAGGCGAUCUGGAUUUGUCGACGUCGGGUAAUCCGACGUGUUUCCGGCAUGCGCUACCGUGCGGGGGCCAGCCCAUUCAGGACCCAGUAGAGGUGUACGCGCCCGGCCAGAACGUCUUCUUCCGGUGGCAACAAAACUACAACCAUUAUGAGCCGGGGUUUCCAGGCUACAUGGAUUUGUCCAUCGCCUCCAGCCCCGAGAGCACGAGUUUCGCCACACUGACCGUGGUCACGGACCCGUAUGUACACGCUCAGGACUACCAACAAAACUACACGGCUGUCAUUAAACUGCCUGAUAUGGAAUGCGACCACUGCGUCAUCCGGGCUCGUUACGACGCCCACAAACCAGGCGAGGACCCAUUCCUACAGUGCGCGGACAUUAAAAUCUCCAAAGGGGCGAAGAAAUCAGACACUCUUAAAUAUUUGUCCUCCGAGAGCAAGACUGACCAGAAGAAGCUUUUACCUCUGAAGAGAGCGUUGAAACUGAAGAAAUACUACGAACAGAAGUACAAAUCCAAUCUUAAAAUGGAGGACACAAAACUGUACGGUUUUGCCUACAAUCCAUUCCAGCCCCAUAGCAGCCAUUAUAUUUCUAUCUCCGUGGUAACCGGUGCUACUCAGAUGCUGAACAGCUUUGGCUUUGGAAUUGACCCAUCUGAUGAUCAAAACAAUUCGUUUAUGCUAGAUGAAGUGGUUGCUAUUGACAACGGUCGAAACACGACGACGAUUUUGGUCCAUGACUCGGGGUCACGAGAGACAUCUGCCAAAACCGUCUACAGCAUUGGUUCACAGAAUGGGUCCUUGGUAAAGUCGUCGGGCAUAUUCAGGUCUGACGGGGUCCCUAUUAACGGGUUAUCGUGGUACGCCGACCAGACGUACGCUGCAUUCAGAAUUGUGCCAAAUAGUAAUGGUGCGCCAAGUGGAAACGACUUUUUCUUCGAGGUCGGGACGCUGGGCACUGACGGCUCGUACACGAAGAGAGCUAGCAUUCCGACCGCCGAGGAUCUGUACGUAAACUUCCAGUGGCUAGAGACCGACAUGAACGACUACAGGCACGUGUUCGCUCUGAUGGGUAACGAGAACGCAGCAGAUGAGCUGAACGCCCGGAUCUACAUGUUUGAUCUGUUCAACGGACAAUAUGUCCAAGAAGUUGAGGUCGAUGUCAGUGAAUACACAUUCAUGUCAAUACAUUCCUACCCCAGCUGUGGAGAGGCCAUGUACGCCUUCUCCCCUGGACUGUGGGCGGACUCCGGUCACGAGAUGUGGGCGUGGUCACUGGUUCUCGUGGAGCCCAUGACUGGGACGGUCACCAAGCAGUGUGACAUCGCUCCCAGAGGCAUUUUCCAGCGCUACUACGGUGGCUCGGUGUUCCAGGGCUCCAGUAAUCCAGACGGGUUUCUCUAUCACGUGCUGCGCGUGAUGUACAGCGAGGCGGACUUUAUAGUGGGCGUUAACCCCGACACGUGCGAAGUGCGCUUCUCCGAAGUGACCAACUUGCGACACAUGCAUUCGUUGCAGCUGGUGAAUCCAGCACCAUCAAGAUGACCUUGAACAACCGAGAGAAUGGACUGUUUUAUCUGCUUGCAUUUUUAAAUUGCUGUUUGUCAUCUGCGAAAGAUGGUGAUUUUGGGGUCCUUAUAUGUGGCAAAAUUGCGAUUUACCAAAACCUUAAAUCUACGAGUAGAUCUAUCUGUCUACGGAUUUAUUUAAAAAACGAUAACUUUGGUUUCAAUAUGAUAAUACUUUUUCCAAUUUAACCGUCUCACCUAAAAAAUGGUCGGAAAGUAAUGAUACACGAAUGUUUACCUUCCGCCUUUCAUUCUCGUAAUUACGUUUAAUACCACAGCCGUAUAAACCUUAUUGUUCAUCGAUGAAGUUCCAUACAUUAUUGCUAUUUUGCCAGUAAGGCGGAUUACUUAGUCAUUAAAUGUUUUUACAUACAUGUUCCAAUGUAAUUACUGUGUGUGUUAUCGCUAUUUAUGUGUUACUUGCACAUGCUAUCUUAGCCAAGGAAUAGAUUAUUAAAUAAAUAAAACUAUAUUACAUAA